GCGAGGUGCUCGCGGGGAGGAUGAUGAUGACCAUGAACGGCAAGCAGGGCUUCUCCAUGCACCCGGCUCUGCACGAGCCCAAGUAUCCCGGCCUGCACUCAGGCUCGGAGGGCAUGCGCAGAGUGUGUCUGCCCGCCCCGCAGCUGCAGGGCAAUAUAUUCGGAGGCUUUGAUGAGAGCCUGUUGGCACGGGCAGAGGCUCUGGCGGCUGCUGACAGCAUUGUCUCUCACGGCAAAAGUCACCCGUUCAAACCAGACGUGACUUACCAUACCAUGAGCAGUGUCCCCUGCACCUCAGCCUCCUCUUCUUCCUCCACCACCGUGCCCAUCUCCCACGUCCCCUCCACCAUCGCCUCCCACCACCAUCACCACCACCUCGGACAGACCCUGGAGGCCGGGGACCUCCUGGACCACCUCUCCACCAGCCUGGCCGUGACCGGAAUGGGGGGUCCGGAGCCCCCGGGGAUGACCGCGGCGGCGCAUCACCACCAGCACCCCCACCACCACCUGCAGACCAUGGGGCAGCUGCACCAGGCGAUGGCCACCAUGGCCCACCCUCACUCCCUGUCCGUGCACGGCGGCAUGGCGUGCGUCAACGACGUGGAGUCGGACCCGCGCGAGCUGGAAGCCUUCGCCGAGCGCUUCAAGCAGAGGAGGAUCAAGCUGGGAGUCACCCAGGCGGACGUCGGGUCCGCGCUGGCCAACCUCAAGAUCCCGGGGGUGGGCUCGUUGAGCCAGAGCACCAUCUGCAGGUUCGAGUCCCUCACCUUGUCCCACAACAACAUGAUCGCCCUCAAGCCGGUCCUGCAGGCCUGGCUGGAGGAAGCCGAGGCUGCGUACCGGGAGAAGAGCAGCAAGCCGGACCUUUUCAACGGGAGCGAGAGGAAAAGAAAGCGCACGUCCAUCGCCGCGCCGGAGAAGCGCUCUCUGGAGGCGUACUUUGCCAUCCAGCCGCGGCCCUCCUCGGAAAAAAUCGCGGCGAUCGCCGAGAAACUGGACCUGAAAAAGAACGUGGUUCGAGUCUGGUUCUGCAACCAGCGGCAAAAACAGAAACGAAUGAAAUACUCCGCGGCGCACUGAGUUUCACCCGUCAUGAAUAAAAUAGCCUACUACAUUUUUGAUCGAGUGAUUAAUAAUAGCCUAAGUAGCCUAACUAACAGGGAUUUAUCAACAGCUCCUCACCUCUCAUCCCGGAUUAUUUCCAAAAAGACUUCA